CAUGAUCAAUACUUGGAUCGUUCUUAUAUUUUUAUUAGAUCGCGGACAAGCAACCAACAAAAGGUUCAUAAGGAACAUCAGAAAUAAGCCAUUGCACACGCUAGCUGGAUUAUUUCCCGUGUCAAAGCACGUGUCCCCAGACCUAGCUCCUGGACCAAAGUCUCCUGCUUCCAAUGAUGGUGUUUGCGAGCAGUUUGAAAAUGACGGAUGGUAUAUGAUGCUGGCUAUGGACUUCGCAAUUGAGAAAAUAAAUGAACGGCAAGACUACAAUUUUGAAUUAGAGAGUAUCAAAUUAGACACUUGCGGUACUUACGAAACAGCCUUCUGGUUGAACGACUUCACUUCCAUCAUACAAUCGGACCAAUUCAAUGUAUCGGGAAUAGUGGGUGCCUCCUACAGCUCCAACAGCAAGAUAGCAGCUCACGCUUCAACCAUGUAUGAGAUCCCCAUGAUAUCUUAUCAGAGCAGUGCUACCUCCAUCAGUGACACCUACUACUUUCCUUUCUUGUUCAGGACAAUCCCAAUCGAUGAUCUCCAGGCCAUAGCUCUGAAAAACCUUCUAGCGGAGCUCAACUUGACCUACAUUGCCCUGUUUUAUGACUCAAGCUCGUAUGGUGUUGGCUUAAAAGAAAUGCUCGACAAGGACCAAAAGGAUUUAGGUCCAGACAAAGUUUGCUUGCUGGAUGGAGGUUAUAUGAUAAGUUUAGACGAAGAUUACACUUACAAGUAUGAAAUCAACAAAAUCAUUCAAGAGGACACUAUUGGAGCAAUCGCCGUCUUUGGCUAUAAAGGAGACUUGGAGAAGGUGAAAGCAGCGCUGAAUAAAACGGGAGAGCGCAGUGCUGACGAUUACAUUUGGAUAGCUAGCGACGGUUGGGCUCAGUUCGACACUGACCCGGGAUUGAAGAAAGUCAUCGGAACAACCUUUAACGCAAGCAUUCUGGCAAAUUUCAGCGAAUUUUACGACAAAACGAUGGAUAAAUUGAUCAGUAACAGCUCUUCUUACCAUGAAAACGACCAAACAGUAAAGAUAUUCAAAAGAUUCCAGGAUAAUGCUGAAAUGAAAAAAUUGCUAACAAUGGAUCCCUCUACUGAAGACAAGAUAAGCUACAUUACUCCGGUCGUUGAAGCAGUUUUCGCCUUUGCAGAAGCCCUGAACAACGAAUCCUCACUAUCCCUGAGCACAAAACUCCAGGAUCUACACUACAACGUAUCGAAGGUGUUCGAAAUCAAAGGCAACAGCCACAGCAUGAUAGAAAGACUUACUUACGGUGACCAAAGUUACGGUGCUUACUCCUACUCUGCGUACAGAAUAAGCCCUAAUCAGAAACAGCGCUCAUGGAGUCAUAAAAGCAACUCCUAUGAUGUCAAUCAAAGGGUUGUGAAGAGCGCGGAAGCACCAGAGCCCUGGGUUAUCGGGUCAUGGCAAACUGGAGAUUCAGCAGCGACUAAUAUUAAUCAGACACAGUUGAAGGAGUUACUCCGUUCUUGGGACAUGACUGAAACAUCGUCCGAGUGCGAGAAAUGCAAGCCAGGCUGGGUCGUAGACACCGUCCGAGAUCAGUGUUGUUACGAUUGUGUCAAGUGUGAGUUUGAGCUGUUCCAGUAUACCAAACCAAACGAUUUUGAGAAUUGUCACAACUGCUCGACAUCACAACGUGCUAUCAACGGUACGGGUUGCGAGGAUAUUGCUAUCAGCCGUAUAUCCUUCUCUGAUCCACUGGAAUCAACAGUCCUCGUGUUUUCUUUUCUUGGAAUCAUAUGUGUGUCCAUGACGUAUUGGUAUAUGUUUGUGUACAAUUACUCUCCAAUAGCCCGAGCCUCUGGAAGAUCUUAUAUGUUACUGGUAGCUAUCUGCACCUGUCUUAUCUUCACCAGCCCACUAGUUCUUUUUGCCGAACCGAGUAAGUUUAUCUGUAUGGUGCAGCGAGUAGUCGUGGCUGGUCCUACGGUAGGCAUCAUAGCAGCUUGCCUUGUAAGAACCUUUUCCAUUGACAGGAUAUUCAGGCACCCAGGAGUUCGCCAGAGAUUACUGAGUAAGAGACUCGUGCUUCUGACAAUUGCUUUCCUUAUCGUUAUUGAGCUGUUUAUAGAGUCCAUUAUAAUCGUGUCCAUGCCUUCCAAACCAAGGAACGAUACGAAGGACUACGAGUCAAUAACACUGGAAUGCAAGAUGCCAGAGGAGGACAUCAUGCUGACCUUCAUUUUUCCUGGGAUGUUAACAAUAUUAUGUGGAAUAUUUGCUCUCAGAAUAAGAAAGGUUCCAUCAAACUACAAUGAGUCGCGAUACAUAAUCUUCACGAUAACCAUCCUUACCUUCGAGAGUGUCAUAUUUUUCAUGAGCUUCAAAGAGCUGGACUACAUUUCGUACAUCAGAUACUCAGUCGUUUGCAUAAUUGUGGGAGAUUACAUGACCUACUUUGCUUUGUUCCUCCCAAGACUUUACAUUAUUAUAUUCAAGCCGGAACGGAACACUCUUCAGCUCCAGUGCUCUGCUAACGGACAGUUUUUGUUGGCCAAGACAGUGGACAGGGGAUGUAACACCAGCUUGUCGGUUGGGGAGGAUGUUAUGAUGAGACUCAGUUCCGGAACCGAGGAUGAAAUGAUGACAAAAAUAAAUGAUCCCGAUCAAAGGGUUUCAGCUCUUUGAUUUUUCAAUACGCAUUCUCUUGAGCCAACCCAUGAGCGGGAUAUGAAUACCUCAUUUCAUUUCAUUUCAUUUCAUUGCGUGCCUCGAAUUUUUUGAUUUGUUUGAAAUUGUAUGAAACAUUUAUUUUUAUUUAUUGCUUAAAUCUUGCUACUGUAUUUAUUUUGUUUGUAAUUAUCGAUUUUCAGCUCAUACUUGUU